UUGAGCUCGGCCAGUGACAUUUUUUAUAUUUGUCUCGUCUCUUUUUGUGUAAAUCAAGUGCUGUUUGUGCCAUCGGACACGCAGAUCAACCAAAAUGCUCUCUGCAUCCUCCCCAAUUACCUUUCCAAGCGACCCUCCUACUCCUCCACCUAAGCGCGCCAAACCCCAUGAUAUUCAAUAUCCGACACAAAAGCCCCGAGUUGCUGGACCGUUUGUUGACUCUGAUUCCGAAUCAGAUGUAGAAAUUGCGCCUCGAGCUGGCUCAAGAUCUCCUUCCAAGAGACGCAAAAUUCAAGAACAACCCGACAAUAGACCACAGAGUCCUAUAUUUACUGUUCGAGAUACGAAUCAAGAUGCCAGUGACAGCAUUUCCCGCGAUGGAAACUCAGUGACCGACCGCCCGGUAGCUGAGUUAACACCAACAGACGAUUCUCAAGCUACUCUACUACCAACGGCGCCCUUCUGGACCCAGUCAGAUUCACUACUCACAACACCUAUCUUUGGAGCCCGCUCAAAGACCACUUACAAGUUAAAGACGUGCGGGGGGCGCGAAAUUACGAUUAAACAGCGAAAAGAAGUGGCCGCGCAAUCCUACGAGUCUAUGGUAGCGGCCAGAUCGAAGACCAAAGAAGGACGGGCGAAACGAGACUACUAUGGCGUAGAUAUACACAACCUCAUCAACGCUGCCACAAAUGAAAUGGCUGAGAGGCGGAACAACCCACCAUCUCCAGAUACCAACCAAGCUGUUCGACGUAUGGAGGCUGCAUCAAUAUCAGAAAGAAAGCCCAAGAAGACUAUGCUAUGGACUGAAAAAUACCGAGCGAGAAACUUUAUGGAUCUGUGCGGAGACGAUUCCACAAACAGACUUGUCUUGCGUUGGCUCAAGAAGUGGGAUCCAUUGGUCUUUCCAGGCGCGACCAAAGCGAAACCGAAAAUUCAAAGACGCAAUGGACCCAAUUCGCAGCUAGAAGAAGAGAAACCUCAUCGAAAGAUUUUGAUGUUGACAGGACCGCCUGGGUUGGGCAAAACGACGCUGGCCCACGUCUGCGCCAAGCAAGCGGGCUAUGAGGUGAUUGAGGUCAACGCCAGUGAUGACCGUAGUCGUGAUGUUGUGAAGAAUCGAAUCAGAACCAGUCUCGGGACGGAGAGCGUCAAAAACGUUGGCAACCAGAAAUCUCUAAACGGACCGCAGAAGGUUGCCAAGCCUGCGUGUGUGGUGGUGGAUGAGGUCGAUGGUGUGGUGACAGGAUCUGGAGCUUCAGGAGAAGGCGGCUUUAUUAAGGCGCUGAUUGACCUGGUGCUGAUCGACCAAAAGAAUGCUUCAGGAGUUUCAAAGUCUUACGAAGGCAAAAAGAAAAAAGGCGAUGAUUUCCGCCUAAUGCGACCCUUGAUUCUUAUAUGCAAUGAUGUGUAUCACCCCUCUCUGAGGCCGUUGAGACAGUCAAACCUAGCUGAGAUUAUCCACGUCGGCCGGCCGACACUGGACACGGUGGUGGGUCGUUUGAAGACGGUAUUUGAGAAAGAAGGCAUUCCCUGCGACAAAGACGCAGCUCGCAAGCUGUGUGAGACAGCAUGGGGCAUGGCUAACGGUAUCGAUGCUAAGCGAGGACAAGAAAGCACCGUGCAGGGUGAUCUUCGAGGGAUCAUGGUUAUUGGCGAAUGGGUAGCUUCUCAGUUCAAGGUAUCCAGUUCAAAUGCCACCCAGCGCCUCACCAGAGAGUGGAUCGAGCGAAAUAUCCUCCAAGAGCUCGCCAACGGUGCGGCUGGGGCUCGAGGCCUUGGACGAGGCAGUGUGAAAGACAUCAUCACUCGCCUUUUCCAGGAGGGAGGCGGGUUUCCCAAGCAGGCUCUCAACUUAUCCAGAUCCAAGACGGAGCACGAACAGCCAAAGACAGAACUUGGUUUUGGAGAGCACCAAAAGAAAUACGCAAUGGAGUGUCUCCGACAAAUGAUUGAUGCCAGUGGCGAAAUCAGCCAUGUGGUGACAGAAGUAUUCUCAGAGUAUCCAAACCGCGAAUUCAACGACGAUUCCUAUCUCACGAAACCCAACCAAGCGUACGACUGGCUGUACUUUCACGACGCCUGUCAGUCUAGGCUGUUCGCCAGCCAGGAGUGGGAGCUUUCUCCUUACUUGGCUCAACCCAUCCUAGCUUGCCACCACUUAUUUGCAUCCCCCAAGAGGCAUUACGCCAAUAACAUGGGGUCGGCCAACGGCCAACGAUCCGGGGUUCUAGGAGAAGAAGAAGCUGGCCCUUCAAUACCCUUCUCUGGUCCGCGCGCCGACUACCAGGCCUUUGAAGCCGAGAAGCAAACUCGUGCCCAGCUGCAGUCUCUUCAAAGCCAGCUCAGCCCAACCUUGAUGCGUCUGUUCCGCAGCGCAGAGGACGUGGCUACGGAGUUCUUGCCUUACCUUGCCCGCAUGCUGGCACCCGACGUGAAGCCUGUCGUCGUGGGCGGCAGCCAGGGCACCACGGCUAGUGUACGCAAGGAAAGCGAGCGAGCCAUGGUGAAGCGCGCAUCAGAGGUGCUCGCGGAAGUUGGCAUUGCCCUGCAAAAGGGUAAGAUUGAGGCUGAUGCGGUAUCUAACCGGGGGCCACAGUUUGUGUACCGUAUGGACCCUGAUAUCGAUGCCCUCUCGACAUUUGAAACAGCAUCUCUUCUUACGUCGCAGCCCCCAACGCGCUUCGCUGUUCGCCAGGUCCUCGAUCAAGAGCUCCAUCGCACACUGGCCAUCCGCGAGACAGUCGCUCGCCAGGCACGCUUCCGAGCCGGACGUGCCGUCGGCGAGAGUGACCAGCAUCAGCCGCUUACUCAGCCGUCGCAGAGCCACAAGGACGACGACAUGGCGGUUGUAGAAGACGGUUUGGUGGUGAAGAAGGACUUCUUCGGGCGCAUCAUUCAGGCGCAGCCGCUGGCGGAGGUGACGGGCAGUGCGAGAGAGAAGAAGGCAGCGACCCAAGAGAAGGUAUGGGUGACGUUCCAUGAAGGGUUGAAUAAUGCAGUGAGGAAACCGAUGAUGCUGCGGGAGUUUUUGAAUGGGCUGUGAGUGAAGCUUUCCUGGGUGGAAAGGCGUAUUUUAGGGGGCUCUGGGAGUGAGAUGUGAUGGGGAAUGGAUUUGUAGAAAUACUGGAUGUUUUAAUAAUGAAGCACACAUGAAAAGCACCAUUGUAGAUAUUUGGUGGAGUCAAUGAAGUAAAAAUUCAC